AUGAGCGCUGAAGAAUUCCUCGCCAAUUUUGAAGGCGGUAUCGUGCCAGUGACCUGCCAUGAGGAUGUCUUGCGGAUCGCAUUCAUCUACCACGAGGAGCUAUGGGACGGCAAUGGAGUAUUCGAUGUUGUAGAGAAGCUACACACACGUGGCUUGUCCUUUGGUAAGGGCGAUUUACGCUUUAAUCGUUCCCUGGAUGUAUUCUACCUCGCACAACUAGCAGCGGCCCUCUACCGCUAUUCCUCCCAACUGGAAGAUGAAUUCCCCUCCUUCUCUAAUUUCUCUGCCUUUUACACGGCCCACCCCAACUUCCUGUACUCCUCCGUCUGGAGAUCCUACUAUUCUACACCCCUCCUGACUCAGCCCACCACGGCGCGCUUCUACCGCUUGCCCGACCUCCAGGACCUCCCCGACUCCUCCUCCCCACUAUGCCAGCCGCGCCAUAGUCCGUCAUCGAUACAUCAUAAUGUCCUGAAACUCCCCCGUUGGGCCUACACUGUCGGGUGCACGCGCGUUAAGCAUCCCUUUCUGCCAUUUGCGACUCUUACUGCAAUAGCCCUUAGCACGCUGGAGGCAACUAUGAUACGCCAGCAUACGGCCUACCCUAGCGCACUACCCUAUUCCGAAUCACAUGCGCGCUUCUGGCUUGACUAUUUUACUCCUGAUCUAUCCCCAUCUCGCGUGGCCACAGCCACUCGCCAGGUAUGGGGGUUUAAUAACUUUGGGAGAUCUGUCGCGCAGGGAAGGUAUGAUAUACAAGGGUUAGAAGCAGAGUACCUCGCACAGGUAUUGGGGCAAGAGGUUAUCGAGGGAGAUAGCCAGUCGGAGCCAGUGAUAUGGUGUGGGUUGCCGGAUGGAGGGAUUGGAGCACAAGCGCGGUUAAGGGGGUGGGAGGAGGAGGUCGGGAGUGAGGAAGAAGUACAGUUUCUAGCCGCUGUUGCGGUGGAGGAGACAGUUGAAUUAGGACUCCAAGGAAUCGAGAUGGAUGAGUUGGACUUGUCAAUCCGGUCACAUAUACUUCUAGCGGUCAUGCAGGCUGCGGUGAAGGAUGGGCAGGAGAGGGAGCGGUUCCUAGGGGUUCUAGAGAGGCGGAUGGUGCAGAAGGGGAGGAUUGGCAAGGAGAGGGCAGAGAGGUGGGCCAGUGAGGCCUUGGGGAUCAUGGAACCGUAUGUACGCGAAUGGCAGGGCGUGUGGCCUGGUGCAGAGGAGAGGGGGAAGAUGCUGCGGCAGAUUCUUGUGGAGAAUGCGCAGCUCUUUGCACGCUGGAAGGUGUCACCUGUUUCGAAGCAGUUCACUUUUGAGCUGCAGCCGAGGGAGUACUAA